AGAGAGAGAGAGACAGAUAGCUACCCCAGCAAGGUCCCCAUGCUGUCUCCACCACAGGGGGACUCCUGACCUUUGCCACUUGGGUCCAGUUUUUACCACUGCGCCCCUAACUGGCCUAUGAGGUACUGCCCCUGAACAGCAUUCCCUCUGUCCUCAGAACAAGGUGGACACUCCACUCCUUCCUGCAUGGUCCUUGGCCCCUGCUCUCCUAACUUCCCCUUCGCUCUGUUCCUGGUGCAGUGCAGGUCGUGGUGGAAACACAUGUCCCCGACUUUGGCCAGCUCUGUCACUCAGCCUGGGCCUGGUUGGACAGGCCUGGGGGCUCUCAGGCCAUCUCCAUCACCUGGCUGCCUGCUGGCACCAAAUGGCCCAGGGCAGCCAGGCUCCUGGGUUGGUGACAGGCCCAUGUCAGCUGGUAUGUCUCAACUUGCCACCGGGGAUAGUCAUCCUGCCAGGAGGCCAGACCCAGCUUGCGAGGCAGAGUUCCCAGCGUUCAGGCUCCAUUGUCUCAGCCCUUAUUGCUCCUUCAACUGCAUCCCACUUGUCCAAAUCCCCAUGCCCCAAAAAGUUGCAUGACUAAGCCCAGAGUCAGUGUGAGGGAUCAGGCAGGGAUCUGGCUAGCAGAAGGCCUGCUCCUGCUGGGGUCAGGAGUCAUUCACUCCCACUAGGGGCAGGAACUGGGCGGGAAUUGGGCGGGGCCUUGUUCUCUCUGGCUGUCAGUAACACGCUCACUCUCUGUAGUUGGUUGCAUUUCACACUGGACUCAGCUUGGCUAUCCGCUUACGGUAGCCCUCCAGUCUAAAGGUGCUUAUAGACAGUUGAGUUAGUAGUGCAGGAUGCUGGAUCUUCAGAGUAAGGCCAUCUGUGGUGGUUCGUGAAAUACUCCCGGUCUCAGGUUCUCAGCAGAAUGCCUCUUGGCAAGACUUAUUAACGGCUUUGGACAAAAAGGACAGGAGUGGCUUGUAGGAAACUGUGCUGGGGCCCGAGUUUGCUUUCAGAAAGUGCUAUAGGUCCUUAGGAAAAACUGGGUUGCCAUGAUGACUUGGCUUUGGGCCUGCACACCGGCAUAGUCACCAGGGAAACAAAGAUGCAGCUCUACAGGCCUCUGCAGGGUUCGUUACUGUGUCUGGAAUCUGAUUGGCUCAGAAGAAUGGGAUUUGUGAUGGGAGCAGAACGCCGAGGCUUGCUGUCCCACAGAAACUUCUAGGGUUGAGUGCUGACUGCUCUGGAAACCUGCUUGGACCUUGGUUUACAAACAAGGGAAUAAUUAGUUACAAACUCAAAAGCUGGGGUAAUUUCCAGGUUAUUGUGAGAUUGGCCUCUGGUUUUUAUGCUGCUAAAAACAGGAAACGAGGCAGUGCCUUUGAGCGUGCAGUGUUGUAGUGAGCUGUAAGUGUCCAUAUAAGGGCAGCUGUGCGGCUCGUGGGAGCAGAACUGUGUUGAAUUCUCACAACCAGGCGCUUCCCCAGGAGGUCCCUUGAUCCUAAAAGGGAUCACAGGCUAAGGGCCUGCUGCGGGCAAGGUGCUGUCCAAGGAGCCAUUUCUGGUCUGCCGGCGCAGGCCGAGAAAGCCGUGUGGAUGUGUGACCCGCCAGAGCCUGCCUGCCAUAUGGAUUCAGUGGAGAGGACAACGAACAGGAGUGAACAGAAAUCAAGAAAGUUUUUGAAAAGCCUCAUCCGGAAGCAGCCCCAGGAGCUGCUCCUGGUCAUCGGGACGGGCGUGAGCGCUGCAGUGGCCCCAGGGAUCCCUGCCCUUUGCUCGUGGAGAAGCUGCAUUGAGGCCGUCAUCCAGGCUGCAGAGCAGCUGGAGGUGCUUCACCCCGGGGACAUCGCCGAGUUCCGGAGGAAGGUGACCAAGGACCGGGACCUGCUGGUCGUGGCCCAUGACCUGAUUCGGAAGAUGUCUCCCCGCACAGGCGACACCAAGCCCAACUUCUUCCAAGACUGCCUGAUGGAGGUUUUUGACAACCUGGAGCAGCACAUCCAGAACCCGCUGGUGCUGCAGUCCAUCCUCAGCCUGAUGGAGCGGGGCACCAUGGUCCUGACCACCAACUACGACAACCUGCUGGAGCUCUUCGGCCAGCAGCAGAACAAGCCCAUGGAGUCCCUGGACCUGAAGGACAAGACAAAGGUCCUCCAGUGGGCAAGAGGGCACAUCAGGUACGGAGUUCUCCACAUCCAUGGCUUGUACACGGACCCCUGCGGGAUGGUGCUGGACCCGUCGGGGUACAAGGAUGUCACUCAGGACCCAGAAGUGAUGGAAGUCCUCCAGAACUUGUACCGCACCAAGUCCUUCCUGUUCAUGGGCUGUGGGGAGACCCUGCGUGACCAGAUUUUCCAAGCUCUGUUCCUGUACUCAGUGCCCAACAAGGUGGCCUUGGAGCACUACAUGGUGGUGCUCAAGGAGAAUGAAGACCAUUUCUUCAAGCACCAAGCUGAUAUGCUUCUGCACGGGAUCAAGGUGGUGUCCUACGGGGACUGUUUCGACCACUUCCCUGGCUACGUGCAGGACCUCGCCAUGCAGAUCUGCAAGCAGCAUAGCCCAGAUGCUGAUCGAGUGGACAGCACUACGUUACUGGGUAAUGCGUGUCAGGACUGUGCAAAAAGGAAGUUAGAAGAAAACGGAAUUGAAGUUUCCAAAAAGCUCAGACAAUCAGAUACUGAUGAUGCUGGAGGGUCUUGAAAUCUUUAAGACCAAUUACACCUGCAACUUGAAAACCAGCCUUCUGUACCACAGUGCCACGCCCAAAUGAUGAGGAAUGUAUGGAGAACUCCACACCUCUCAAUUCUGAACUGUCACACAUCCUGAAAGCCAUAGGGGUGUGUGGCCCUCCGGGCUAGGUGAGAGUACACAUGUCAGGCACACUUUACAAGGACUGAAAGCUCCCUCAGAGCCUAGAACCAGUGGGAAGUGACGAACCUGGUACUCCUAACUCCUGUUUGCCAUGUCUCUUGCAUUAGGGAGGCAUUUUUUCCUAAUAAAAGGAGAAAAGACUGUCCAAGCAGCAGUUGUUGCCAAAUAGCAAGAAUGAGAGCUUACAGUUUAUCUCUGUUAUGUGGAAAUAUUUGUUACGGUAGAAAGCAUUCAAAGAAAAGGUGUCUUUCACAUAGUUAUCCAGGACAAGAGAAUGGAUACUCAAGGCACCAGCCAGUGAAUUUUUUUUUCCUUAAAGAAUGACUAGAUCAAUAGGGCAUCUUUGGAAUUAUGUCAUAGUAAUGCCUAUUCCAGAGAUGGUAGGUCUAGGUGUUGCUGAAGUGUGAAGUCUGAGGGGCCAUGGCCUUUUCAGACAGCUGAGUGUUGUGCAAGUCCAUUGUGUGACUGAUAAUUGUGAAAGCAAAGGCCAAUUUUUAACUUUUACAUAAAUUAUAAAUUCCAAGCUUUCCGAAUCUGUGUCUCUGGGGCACGAGGUCCAGCCUUUUCCUCUUGAAUCUCUUCCCGUGGCCCACAUUGAGGGGCUUUACAAAGUGCUGUGAGCAGAAUGUGCAAGGCUUACAGCACUGGAGCCUUUCCCAGGUUUACCCAGGUGGACACCAAGUGGGAUGUGGGGCUGAGGCCUGUGUGGUGGUACAGCAAGAAGACUCUGGAAACAAUCCCUGUGUGGUCUCAGUUUGAGACCGCCCAUCUUUGACAUGCCAUUUCUUGCUUGCCAAGCCUGUGACACUCCCCAAUGAUGGCAGCUCCCAUAGGUGCAGAGAAAUUUAAGGACAAGAAACAAAAGGUUAGGAGUGGGAGAAUGUUUUUUUUUUUUUUUUCUUUUUAAAGCAUGGAAUUAGAUCUUUCAUGUCAUUCAAGUCAUAAA